AUGUCUAUUGUCAGCCAACUCUACAAGAUCUUGAAGAAAGGAGUCACUCUGGAACUAUUACAUGGCUUUGAGUCAAGGUGGAUUCCAUCGAUUCUGAUCCAACCAAAAUUUGCACUCAACAACACAGACCUGGAUACAAAAACAAUCUACGAUAUCGAGACAGAGUCAGACAUCUACUCAGACAUCGGUUCAGAUAGUAACACUGAAGAUACCACUCCCAUCAAACUGGAGUGGCUCAACAAGCUUGAGAAGAAAGUGAAAGCCCUUACUACAAGGGUGAAAGACAAGAGACUCCAGGAGGAGCUCGAUGAGGAACUCGAUGCGGCAUUCCUUAUGGCACGAAAAGAGAGCCACGAAGCCACAAGCCAGGGUAUUCCAUCACUCGCAGUAACCCAAAUCCCCGCCGAAGAUGUUGAAAGAACGUUUAAACUAAAACGCAGCACAAACCACAGGCAAAUUUGGCACCUUCGUCCUGAGGAAAGACGCCCAGUCCCAGACUAUCUAAGGUCUAUUCUCGUAGACUAUGACCUGGCAUUGGGGGAAUCGCCUCAGAAUGAGGCAUUUAUACGAGCCCGAGUCGAUGCGGUCCUAUUGACAACCCUCGCUCGCAAGAAGCGUGAGGAGUUAGGCCAGCACGGCCUCGAAAAGAGCAGCAGAAAACGCGCCUCGACUUCCUCUGUUGAGUCAUUCAAAUCGUUGCAUUGGCAAUUUGAACGCCACAUGAAGCUACGGUGGCCGUAUAGGGAUGAAAUCUGCAUGAUCAGCGGAAAAACCGACUACUCUCUGUGGUACGGAGAUCCCACAAACCCUCAGUCAAAUCUAGUCGUUGUCGAAACCAAGCGGCGUGGGAAUGACGGGAGAUACCGAUGCUUGUGCUAUAUGGGUAAGGCCAUCAAAAUCGGAAUCAUCCCUAGAUAG